GCUUGCUUCUUGUAGAAAGUACGGGCAAGUCGGAUGAUGAAAUUGGGAUAGCUCGGUGUGCAUGGAGCCGUGGGCAGGAAUUGAUCCACUCAACCGCAGUGUUCAGAUUCCUUCCCGGCCACUUUGGCUGUGCAUCCAUCCGCCUUCAAGCUGUCCUACACGGGGAGCCGCCAACGAAUGAACUCAGACACCGUGUCUGAGCUGUCCAUUUUCUAUUGUCACCGUCUUGAGUUCUUGCCACAACCUAGUUGUGAAGCAGUUGCUAAUUCUUCUUUUGUGUGCCUUUUCCCAAACUCCUAACUAUCGUCUUCGCUUGAUGGUGUAGCAAUCACUUGAACCCGACUCGGCAGCUCUGGAUACUGGACAUGGCAUCGUGAUCAGAACCCCUUGCAUCAACGCAUCGCCUUAUCAGCAUGGCUUCUGUGCGUAUCUGCGUUUGCGGAGAUGAAGGGACGGGCAAGUCCAGUCUCAUCGCAUCCCUCGUGAAGGAUGUCUUCGUUAGCAACAAGAUACAGUCCGUCCUCCCCCAGAUUACGAUACCGCCGAGCAUAAGCACGCCCGAAAAUGUCACAACCACCAUCGUCGAUACGUCGGCGCGGCCGCAGGAUCGAACCACCCUGCGAAAGGAGAUCCGAAAGUCCAACGUCAUCCUUCUUGUUUACAGCGACCACUACAGUUAUGAACGAGUGGCCCUGUUCUGGAUGCCUUAUUUUCGGUCCCUCGGUGUCAAUGUUCCUGUUGUACUAUGUGCCAACAAGUCCGAUCUGAAUGGCGGCAACAACACCCCGCAGGCAGUCGAGGAGGAGAUGUUGCCCGUCAUGAACGAAUUCAGAGAAAUUGAUUCCUGCAUCCGAUCGAGCGCAAGAGAACACCACAACGUUAACGAAACCUUCUUCCUCUGUCAAAAAGCUGUCACGCAUCCCAUAGCGCCCCUCUUCGACUACAAAGAGGGAAAUCUGAAGCCAGCCUGUGUGUCGGCCUUGAAGAGAGUAUUUUACCUCUGCGACAAGGACCAGGAUGGCCAUCUGAACGAUCAAGAAAUGCAUGACUUCCAAGCCAAAUGCUUUGACAAGCCCUUGACAGCUGAAGACCUGGACAAUAUCAAAUUGUCCAUUUCGAAAUCGGUAGCAGGAUCCAACGUUGAAAAGGGCAUUGAUAUGAGGGGCUUCCUACAACUAAACAGGAUAUAUGCUGAGAAGGGUCGUCAUGAGACUAUCUGGAUCAUCCUGAGGAAGUACCACUACACCGACAGUCUCAGCUUGGAGGAUAGCUUUAUUCACCCCAAGAUCGACGUCCCGGGAUAUGCCUCGGCAGAACUGAGUCCAGCUGGCUAUCGGUUUUUCGUAGACCUCUUCUUGCUCUUUGAUAUGGACAAUGACGGCGGACUAAACGACCAAGAGCUGGCAGCGCUCUUUGCACCAACCCCGGGUCUCCCGCAGUCGUGGGUUGAAUCUUCGUUUCCAUCGUCGACAGUCCGCAACGAAGCAGGGCACAUCACGCUGCAAGGCUGGCUUGCUCAGUGGAGUAUGACAACUUUUUUGGAGCCCAAGACAACAAUCGAGUAUCUGGCAUAUCUUGGGUUUGAGCCGUCCAACGCCCGAGAUUCACUCACCUCAGCCCUCAAAAUCACCAAAGCACGUAAGAGGCGGAAUCGUCCUGGCCGUGUCGAGCGGAACGUUGUGCUAUGCUACAUCAUCGGUGCGGGAGGUGCUGGUAAAUCUUCCCUGCUAGACUCUUUCCUCAAUAGACCAUUCAGCGGUCUCUAUCACCCAACAAUUAAGCCCCGCAGAGCUGUGAACAGCGUCGAGCUGCAAGGUGGCAAACAGUGCUAUCUCAUUCUCGAAGAGCUUGGCGAGCUUGAGCCCGCAAUUCUCGAGAACCAAGCUAAGCUCGAUGCUUGCGAUCUCAUAUGCUAUGCAUACGACUCGUCCGACCCGGAUUCAUUCUCUCACAUCGUCGACCUGCGGAAACGCUUUCGGCAACUAGACGAGCUACCGUCCAUAUACACGGCGUUGAAGGCGGACAAGGACAAAACGACCCAGCGGAGUGAACUGCAACCAGACCAGUACACCUCGAGUCUAAUGAUGAGCACGCCUCUUCAUGUCAGUGUGACGUGGAAUAGCAUCAGCGAGCUCUUCGUAGCGCUAGCCGAAGCCGCGACGCAUCCCAGCACGGCGUUUCCAAAGAACGAAGAGCCGCCGCCCGACAGGUCUGGCCUUUACAUUGCCAUGGGCGCAACAGCUUGUGCUGGCUUCGCCGCAUUCAUGAUCUGGCGGCGCUCAACGAAUUCCGUUUAGCGGACGUUUCCCCCCCUUUCGCAACACCCCCUUCCCUUGCUUCGCAUACUUCCCUUUUAAUACUUGCUUGGCACGUGAUGGACCUGGAGGCUUGACUUUGCGUGGUAGGAGUUUCUUCUUGUCAUCAAGGUUGUGCUCAUCGCAGCUGAUUCGCUGUGCCUUCUGAUUAUGAUACCCAUCUCUCGUGACUGUGCGUGGGCGUACAUAGUUCACAUACGGAAAGACAUAUUUGUUCUUUUAAGUAGUAAAUAAUGG